AUGGCUGAUGAAUUGUUUAACCAAGCUGAUACAAAUAAGGAUCAGCGCCUUGAUUUAAAUGAAUUUCGUCAACUUAUUGCACGAAAUUUAGGAUUUGGUUCGACAAAUUAUGGAGCAAACGCUCAUAGUGGUGGACAAUAUACAACGAGUUCUUAUGAAUCGUUACCAUCAGCUAUAUGUAGUGAUGUAAAUAUUGCUAAUAGCAAUUAUGGUGCUGGUGCUGAAUUAAUAGGGACAAACAUAAAUGGUAUAGGUACUGCCGGUGGUGAAUCAAGCUAUGGUUCAUAUGGGCAAUCAUCUUAUACAUCGGCAUCUGGUCUUGAUGCUAGUGGUUUCGAUGCAACUGCAUUAUCAGGUGCCGGUAGUUAUGGAUUUAAUGCUAACGUAUCAUCAGGAUUGGGGUUUGGUGGUUUUACAGCAAGUUCAUCAUCUGAUGUCGGCUUUUCAAGUGAAACUGCAGGAUUUUCUAUGCCAUCAACAUUUGAAACAAGUACUUCACAACAACAAUUUCAAUUAGGCACUGGCAAUACUCAAGGUGUCUAUCAAGAUCCGAAUCCACAAAUUAUACGUCGCCCAGCACCAGGUGGUGGUGUAACUUAUACACAAAACAUUCGAAUUCGAUUUCUUCAACCACCACCUGUUCCACCACCAGGUCCACUUAUCAUCAAAGAAGUGCGACCACCUCAACCACCGCCACCACCUCCACUUCGUAUUUGUCAACGAGCUCCACCUCUUCCUCCACCACCUCCACUUGUUUUACGUGAACGACCACCAGUUCCACCGGCUCCUAUUGCUUCUCAAACAGUUAUUCGACGAUUACCAGCUGUUCCUGUUCCACCUCGAUCAAUAAUUGUCGAACGUUUACCACCACUUCCACCUAGACCUCGUGAUAUUAUCAUCGAACGAUGGAUUCCAUAUGGAGCACAAGCUAAACGAAAAACAAUUGUUCAACGAGCUGCAGCUGCUAAAGAAUAUCCAAAACCACGCAAUAUGAUCAUUCAAUAUGAGCCCGCUCAAGUACGUGUUAUUCGACAAUUUCAUCGUCUUGGUAUUACUCAAGAAAAUCCUCAACUAUAUGUUCAACGUUAUGGAGCAUCACUUUUAGAUGCUCAUUCAUUAAUACAACAAGCACGUACUGCUGGUGUUAUCGAAGAUAUUUCUCCACCAAGUAAUUUUGCCACUAGUGGAGCAAGUUUAACAUCAUUUAAUGCAGGCUCUGGAAUUGAAACAAUUGGUGGUGGUUUUGGUGCUUCAGCAUCAUCUUUUGAAUCAUUUGGUUACAGUGGUGGUAGUCAACAGGGAGGUGCUAAUCUUUCAGGUUUUGAAUCAACACAAGGUGUUGGUCUUACUCAAGAUUUUUCAUCAUCAUUAUCAUCAUAUGAAACAGGUUCAGCAGCAUUUCAAGGUGGUAAUAUGGCAUUCGGGGGUACUGGUGUAUCAGGAUAUGAAAGUUAUAAUGCAUCAUCUGGUGCUAUUCCUAUUAACAGUAUGAAUGAGGUUGCUGCUGCGUUCCAAGCUGCAGACAUUAAUAAAGAUGGAACACUCGAUGUUAAUGAAUUUCGUCAAUUUCUUAGUUCCCAUCUUGUGCACUAG